AUCCCCGCCGCCGUUGGUUUGUAAACCGGCGGCGCGCGGAGCGGGGCCCGCAGAGGGGGUCCCGGCAGGGCCGGGCGCAGGGCGCGGAGCCCCCAUGGCGUCUCGCGGCCUCCCCGGCGGCGGCGAGAGCCGGGCCGCGGAGCCCCGCGGGACGCCCCCGUUCCAGACGGACCCGGCGGCGCUGGCCGCGAUCCUCAGAGGCCCGGGAGCGGUACCGGGAGCCGUACCGGGAGCGCGGCCCAAGGCUGGGCCCGGCGGCGCCGGCAGGGCCUCUGUGGCCGGGCGCGUCCCGCUGCGCCUCGGCUCCCUCCGCACCCAAGGGAACGCCCCCGGUGCCGCUCCGCGCCCCGCUCCCCGCAGGCCUCGCGGCCCCUCCAGCGCCUCCUCGACCGCGCCUCCGGUUUCUCCCUUCGGGUUCCCGGGGCUCCCCCGCGCCCUCCCUGCCACCGCCGCCGCCCCGGGUCUCGGGCCCCGCGGUGAGGGCUCCCCAAAGGAGGCAGCCGGGGCCCGGUCCCGCAGGGGAGGGGAGAGAGGGGGAGGGUUUCUUUGAUCAUGUUCGCCCAGCGUGAGACAGGAAGGCAGGAUGCUGAUACGCUAGGUUAGCAACUUAUCAGGAGAUGGCUCAGCAAUAAAAAGAACCUCACUUCAUCGUCGCUAUCCUGCAGGAGAUCACGUAGCUCUGGAGGCACGUUUGUCACUGGCUCGUCGUCUGAAACUUCUUCGACAAAAUUAGAGGGGAUAAAUCCUCGUUUGCCAUCCGUCAGCUCUCCCACGAACCAGCCGUCCUCAUCCAUGUCUCCAAGUACAUAAACGUAUUCUCCUGCAGUCAGGGGAAGCUCUGCUUCAGGGUGCUCGUUAGGACCCUCGAAAGGAUUGUAGCUAAAGCGAGCUAUAAAUCUUCGAAGUUGUAGCAAUCCUUGUCCCAGGGAUGGGAGUUGGAAGGACACAUGCUCUACUCCUGAGUCUCCGGUCUCACCCACAGGGCCCUCGUCUGAAAGAAGGCUGCAACCAGGACCGUUGUGUGAGGCAUCCGAUGUUGAGGUACUUGUGUGGGAUGCCAACACUUGGGUUGCCUUCUCAGAAGCAUCAGAGCAGUCUUCAUGGUUGCAAAGGUCAUGGGACUGCUCUGCAGAGGCCUGUGCUGUGGCAGGAGAUGUCACCUGGAGCAGUUCUGAGGUGAUCCGGUUGGAUUUUUUUCUUUUUUCUUGCUCACGUUGCUGAGAGAGCAGCUCACAUUGUUGACUUUGCUGCUGAUACUGCUUCUCCAAUUCUCUCAGCUGCGCCUGAGCCACUUGCACGUCUUCCUCACGUGUCCUUCUUUGCUCUGCCCAAGCCCUCUGGAAAUGCUCGACUUCCUCUGCUUUGUUGUGCAGCAGUCGGUUUGUUUCCUCAAGGUCGUUCUCCUGUUGUUGUCUUCUUUCUGCCAGUUGCCGCAUGGCAUUCAGUUCACAACCCAGAUCCUUCAGUUGUGUUUGAAGACGUUUGACCUCUCCAAUGGCAGAAUUUCGCUGCUCUGUCACUUGCACAAGUUUUGCCUUCAGAGCAGCGUUUUCAGAUUGGACCUCCUCUAUCCAAUCCUUGUGCCCGCGGAGCUGAGAAUUUUCUUCUGCGCAUCUGGCAUUUUCAUUUGUCAUCUCUGCUAGACGCACUUUCAGGUCCUCGUACCUUUUCCGCAGUCUUGAGCGUUCCUGCUCCAGGUUCAUGUGAGGCCUAAGUGUUUUCCCAGCCUCGCUUUCCAAUUGCCCUCUCUGCUGCUGGUUGACCUGCUCUGUCUUUGCAACCUCUUUCAGUUGCCUGGCUUUUUCUUGCAGACGCUUGGUAAGGAGGCCUAGCGUACAGGUGUUCUUCUGGAGCCACUCCACCUCCUCCGUCUCUUCCAGAGAGCUUUUCUUUAUCAGGCAGCGGGUCUCCUGCUGAAGGGCACUGCAUUGUCUCCGCAGGUCCUCCACAGCAUGCUGCAGCUGAACUUUCAGCUCCAGCAGCUGGCUGUCUCCGCUGCCAGGUGGACAGGCCUCUUCUUGCGCUGCGACCUGAACACCCACGUCUGCGACAGAGCGCCUGCUGCUCUUCCCAUCUCCCUGGAGGUGAGCGUCUUUGAAGCUAGAGGGGGUUGUCUGCUGCCCUCCUCCACCAGCAGCACCAGAUGCACCGGGGCACUUUGAAAUGCAGGGCCCGGUGGCUCCUAUGCCCAGGAGGGUCUGCAGGCGGUGCCAGGCCUUGUCCCCUUUGUGGGAGGCAGGCGACCCGCCCUUACCCUGCUCCAGGAUGUACUGCAGGAAGAGUCUCCUCUGCUGUUGCAGUUCAUUUUGGAGGCUCAGGAUCUGGGCGGCCUGCUUGCUAUCUGCCCGCCCGCUAAGCUGCCUGUGGACCUCCUGCAGCUUGCCGCGGACCUCGUUGGUUCUUCUCCAGCCUCUCCUCACCAGCUCCUCAGCCAGCUGCCGCUGCAGCUCCCGUGCCUGGCGGAUGGAAUUGUCCCGCUGCUGCUGGAGCAGCUCGUGCGCCUGGCACCGCUCGGCGUCCUUCUCGCGCAGCAGUUGACGGAUCUCCGCUGCCCGCUGCCUCUGGCUCUGCUCCUUGAGCCGCUGCUGCUCCCGCACCCGCUCCUGCUCCCAUUUGGAGCGCAGCUUCUCAGCCAGGAGCUGCCGCUCCUGCUCUGCCCUCUUCUUCAUCUCAUGGGCUUCAUCAGCAAAGCGGCGCUUCAGCUCCUGGGUCUGGAGACGCUCGGCCUCCAGCUGGGCCCGCAGUUCCUCCAGCUCCUGCCCGUGCUCCUUCUGCUGCACAAGGCCGCUGGGGCGUCGCGCUGGGCCCCGACGCGAUGAGUGACCGGACACCACUGGGCUCCUGGCCAACACCACCGCGGGUCAUGGUUUCAAUAACCACGAAUAAUAACCACAAAUAAUAACCAGAAAAAAACACGAAUCAGGUGAACGGUCACCAAACGCUGCCAGCAAUAGCCACCAGCAAUCGCACGGCCUGGGCCUGAGAGGGACAGCAGGCUCUGAGCCCUCAGCAAACACCAGCACCGCACAGCAGCAGAGGCAAACUGCAAAUUGUGCGGCACAAGCGCGGCCUUAUAUACUGUGCCUGAUUGUGACGUCAUAAAGGAGGGAUGACGUCAUAUGCCCUUAUAUGGCAUGUGCUGGCCCCGGAUACACCCCGAGAGCCUCAGCAGAAGGGGUGACCUCCAUCUUGCCAAUUUAUUCCUAAAAAAAAUGCAUUUCCAGUGCACAUCCUUUCACCUUACUCUGUUUAACGUGAAAAAAGCAGCCAUCCAUUUUUUUUAUUAUUUAUAAAUUAUUACCCCUUUCUCAAAAGCAUCCUCUCCCGUGUUGCCCCACAUGAUGAUGUCUUCAACGUACAUCCACGAGUCCUGAGGGGACCGCUGACUUGCUAAGCCACUGUCCCUCGUACCUGAGAAGUUGUGGAAGUGCGUUUAAGGAGUUCCCACUGACUGCAGGAGGGAAAAUAUAGCCCCCAUUUUUAAAAAGGGAAAAAGGAAGGCCCGGGAGCUACAAGCCUUCCUCCCUUUGUGGGGGUGCAGAGCCUUUAUCACCCUCAGGUGAAGAAGCCAUGGAGGCAGAGGGUGCGAAGGGGUCUCUGCACCGCAGCCAGAACAUGGCAGAGGCGUUGGCCCAGGUCGCUCAGGCAAGGGCCGAUCUGGAAACAGCGCUGGAGGAGUUCUUCAAGUGCAAACGGAGGCGUGAAGAGCUGGAAAAGACUGUUGCUGAAAGCGCCAGGAUCAACAAGGCGCUGAGGGAGGAGAUUAAGCACCUCCAGGAGAGAAAGGAGGUUGUUGAAAAACAAACUGCCACGGGGAAGAGGAUGCAGGCGGCCAAGCUGCCCAAGACUUGGAUGCAGGAGAUCGUGGCUGCAGAGCUGGAUGAACAGUUGGCAUCAAGGAGGCACAGAAUCACUACUUGGCUGCGGAGAUCUCUGCUGUCCUUUGCCGGCCUGCAGCUCGCCUUCUUCAUCCUGGUCCUGCUGAAGAGGGACAUCCUCCACUGGGUCCUUCCUCCAGGGCUGGCAUCUGCCCUUGGAAGCCAUCCACCACGACCCUUUCUCUUCUAACCCUACCAAUAAACUGCAGCCCUUUAUCAAUAACCCUACCAAUAAUCC